AUGUAUUUUCUCUUUAAAACAUUAUCUAUCUAUCUAUCUAUCUAUCUAUCUAUCUAUCUAUCUAUCUAUCUAUCUAUCUAUCUAUCUAUCUCCCUCAGUCUGUUCAUUAUCUAUCUAUCUAUCUUUGUUCAUAUCUAUAUAUCUUUGUUCAUAUCUAUAUAUCUAUCUAUCUAUGAUCAUAUCUAUAUAUCUAUCUUAUCUGUUCAUUAUCUAUCUAUCUAUCUUUGUUCAUAUCUAUAUAUCUAUCUAUCUUUGUUCAUAUCUAUAUAUCUAUCUAUCUAUGAUCAUAUCUAUAUAUCUAUCUUAGUUCAUAUCUUUAUACUAUCUUUAUCUAUCUCCCUCAGUCUGUUCAUUAUCUAUCUAUCUAUCUUUUUCAUAUCUUUAUACUAUCUUUAUCUAUCUCCCUCAGUCUGUUCAUUAUCUAUCUAUCUUUGUUCAUAUCUAUAUAUCUAUCUAUCUUUGUUCAUAUCUAUAUAUCUAUCUAUCUAUGAUCAUAUCUAUAUAUCUAUCUUAAUUCAUAUCUUUAUACUAUCUAUCUUUGUUCAUAUCUAUCUCUUUAUCUAUCAUAUUUUUUUUUAUUUAUCAAAAUCAGUCUCUCUCUCUCUCUCUCUCUCUCUCGAUAUCUAUCCUUUCUUUCUUUUUCUUCAGUUUUCCAAUUUCUCCUUUCUCUUAAUGACUUCUUCCUCCAUUCAUGCCAUUUAUUUCAUCCACUUUUAA